UUUUAUAGGAUAUGAGCGAAAACUUCAAUAACGAUGCUAUCUUCUGAAAAAACAAACAGUAGAAGACAACCAUUGAACAUAUUGUUGAAUUAUAUAAGAACCAGUUUAGAUGAGUAAAGGUAAUUAACUAAUUCUUAAUCAUUGGAUCAUUCUCGUUCAUAUCUAAUUUUGGGAUCCUCCGGAUGAACUCUAUAAUGGGUGCCCUUUUCUUCUGUAUGUUCAGUGUUUUACUACUUAUCACAGGGUUCUUCCCAGCAGUAUCUUUCAUUUUAGCAUUGGUUGGAGUGUUAAUUUUCUUCGUGAUUUUAUUGAUAGCUAUAUUACUAGUCAUUUACAUCAGAGAAUUAAUCUUGAAGGACCAUCGGCCACCGGUUGCAGGGCCAAUAGUCAAUCAAAUCAUACACUUUAAUAGACUAUUUGAUUACCACACAUCCCUUGCUCGGAAAUACAGUACUUUUCGUAUGAUCACACCGUCACACAGUGAAGUCUACACUGCUGAUCCUGUUAAUGUUGAAUAUAUUCUUAAAACUAAUUUCUCCAAUUAUGGCAAGGGGGAAUUUAAUUAUGAGAUAAUGAGAGAUCUUUUUGGUGAUGGGAUUUUCGUAGUGGAUGGUGAUAAAUGGCGUCACCAACGGAAGCUUGCAAGCUAUGAGUUCUCAACAAAAGUUUUGCGAGAUUUCAGUACAAUUGUAUUUCGAACUAAUGCAGUUAAAUUAGCUUUGAAGGUUUCUGCUGCAGCAGUGGCUAAGCAAGUGAUGGAUCUUCAGGAUCUGUUGAUGAAAUCAACUUUAGACUCAAUAUUUAAGGUGGGAUUUGGGGUUGAGCUUGAUACUCUAUCUGGUUUGGAUGAAUUCAGCAAUCAAUUCAUGAGGGCCUUUGACAAUUCCAAUGUUAUUAUUUAUUGGCGAUACGCUGAUCUAUUAUGGAGGAUUAAAAGAUUCCUUAAUAUAGGCUUGGAGGCGGAACUUAAGAAGAAUAUCAAAGUCAUCAACAACUUUGUUUUCGAAUUGAUCCGUCGUAAGAGGGAGCUGAUGAAAAAUGAAAAGCUUGAUAAAGGGAAAGAAGAUAUCUUAUCAAGGUUUUUGAUGGAGAGUGAGAAGGAUCCAGAGAACAUGACUGAUCAAUAUUUGCGAGAUAUUACUCUCAGUUUCAUUAUUGCUGGCAAGGACACCUCUGCAAACACGCUCACUUGGUUCUUUUAUAUGCUGUGUAAACAUCCUCUGGUUCAAGAAAAGGUUGCACAGGAAGUGAGAGAGGCAACUGAAGCUGAGGAUAACUUGUCUGCUGAGGAAUUUACUGCCAAGUUAUCUGAAGCUGCCGUGGACAAAAUGCAGUAUCUUCAUGCAGCUCUAACCGAGACACUCAGACUCUAUCCUGCAGUUCCUGUGGAUGGCAAGAAUUCAGGAGAAGACGAUAUCCUUCCUGAUGGCUUCAAAAUAAAGAAAGGAGAUGGCUUAAACUACAUGGCUUAUGCCAUGGGAAGGAUGACAUACAUAUGGGGAGAGGAUGCCGAGGAAUUCCUACCUGAAAGAUGGCUCGAUAAUGGUGUUUUCAGAUCCGAAAGUCCUUUUAAAUUUACGGCUUUUCAGGCUGGUCCUCGGAUAUGCCUAGGAAAGGAAUUUGCUUACAGGCAAAUGAAGAUUUUAGCAGCCGUUCUUCUCUUCUUCUUCAAAUUCAAAGUCGUUGAUGAGAGCAAGGAAGCUACUUAUCGAAUCACCCUUCACAUGGAUAAAGGCCUCCAUCUAUAUGCAUUUUCCCGUCUAUAACUGAGGAAUUAGAAGUCACACACCCAUUUGUCCCUAAGAAGACUCGAAUCCUCACCUUCCACUUUGGAUCGUAAAGAAGAUACAACUGGGCUAUAGCCCUCGGUUGUAAUAUAUAUAUAUAUAUAUAUAUUUCCUGGUAAAUGGUAUUUGUGUUGCUUUCCAUUUUCAUGAAACAAUUAUUAACUAUAAAUUAUCUCUUAAACUUGAACCUUGUAGUCUCUCCUCAUAUAAAUAAAUCUUACA